AUGUUACAAAUCGAUAAUAAUUUAACAUGUCAAAAUGGUAGUCGACGUAUUCCUGUUGAUGAAUAUACAUUAUUCAAUAAAAAAAUUCUAUGCAUCUGCCCAAAAGAUUAUGUUGAUGAUCAAUGUGAAAUAGCUGAGAAUAAAAUGAUUUUAUCGUUUGGAUUUGAUAUUGGUUUAUUUCAAUCGAUAUUUAUUUAUUUCAUAGAAGUUAUAAAUGAUGUUACACCAAUAUUUGUUAAAAUAUAUUCUCUUCGUCGUAUCAAAUAUUAUCAUAUUGCUAUAUCAACGAUCUUUAUCCAAUAUUACAUAUUUUUAUAA